CUCUGCUGGAGGAGUCGCUCUGGUUUUCCUAUCUACAUCAGUGACAUUUCAACCUGGUGACUAAAGCUGUCUGCACCGUGCGGAGUUGGGCUCUGUGAUUUUUAAAUGUGUAUGGUUAUAUUUGCUCCGAUUUUUGCCAUCUGUGCUUUUGCAACAUGUGGAGGAUACUAUGGUCAUCUCCAGGUUAAAGUGGACUGUGCAGACAGGAGGCAGAAUAACCGCAGCAUCAACAUUGAUUUCGGGUAUCCUUUCAGAUUACAGCAAGUGCAUUUUAAAGCUCCUUUGUGCAAAGAGAACAGAGAUGAGAUUAUUUUCCUGGAAGGUGACUUCUCCCCAGCUGCCCAAUACUUCAUCACUGUGGGUGUCUUUGCUUUCCUGUACUCGCUGUUGGCAACGAUUGUCUAUGUCUUCUACCAGAACAAGUACUUGAAGAACAACAGAGGUCCACUUGUGGACUUUGUUGUUACGAUCAUCUUCUCCUUCAUGUGGUUGGUCAGCAGUUGUUGUUGGGCCAAAACUCUUUCUGAUAUAAAGACAGCCACCAACCCAACACAGGUGCUUCUUCUCAUCACUUCCUGCAGAGCUCAGGAAAACAAAUGCACAGCUACAGCGGAGCCUCUCUGGUCACGUCUUAACACAUCUGUGGUCUUUGGCUUUGUUAAUGUUGUCCUCUGGUCUGGGAAUAUUUGGUUUGUCUUCAAAGAGACAGGCUGGUACAAGACUGGACAGAGAUAUCCGACCAGGAGUGCGUCUGGGAAACGCUCAGGUUCAAUGCGACAGCGGCUCUACAGCGAGAGCAGCUUCGACCAGCCAGAGGAGAACUCUGCUCCCUCUAGACAAAACAGUUUCAAUCUGUCAAAGGGAGACUUUGAUCACCAGUUGCAGAGGCAAGCUAGCAUCAACCAGUCACAGGUAAGCUUCAGCUUACCACAGACAUAUCUUGGUAAACCGGUAAUUUAUGACAGAGAAGAUAAAGUGGCUUCUCAAGGUCCAAUGAUAUUUGUCAAUGAGAUGUGACUUAGAGUUUGAUCAUGCACAUGCACGUAGAGAACUGAAUGAAAAUGUGCUACUGCUGUUUUGAGUUUGUGAAAAUGACAUGAUUGCUGACUAAAUGUAACUCUGAAGGGUUUGGAUCACAAUGUAGUUUAUCCUCUACAUAAACUUAUACGCUUAUGAUUGCUCAAGAAUACUGUUUCUGAGAUCUCUGGGUCCUUUUGCAUGUUUUACUGUGCAUUUUCUAUUUUCCUUUUAUUUUCUGUGGACAAUAUUUUUUGGGGGGGGACUAAGUUUAAUCUAAAUCUAAUUUAAACUCUGCAUUACCAGAAAACAAUUAAAAUAACCUUUCACAGUUACACUGAGAAAGGAUCUGGUUGCUUUAGCGUUAUCAUUCUGGGGCUUUGAGUUGUUCAUACAGAAAUGAUUUUACUUCACAAACUGUAUAAGUGCUUGAUCUUACCUUUAAAUGACAAAACACAUCACACUACAGUGCUCUCUAAUAUGUAAUAUGGAAAUAUGUUGUAUCAGUGGACAAAUACAUGUAACCAGUGUGUGAGCAUUCUCCCAUGAAUAUUUAAUGUUUGACUGUUCUGCAUAAUUGAUUCUGUUUGUUAUUAGCACUGCAGUGUCUCUAUUUGAACAUUUUUAAUGAGUAUUAAUAGAUGUGUGCUUCUGUAAAUGCAUGCAUAGUCACCUUUUGACGUAGUUAUAUCAAAGCUGAAUACUUCCUUUAUAUAUCCCUUCCAAUAAAUCAGUAUAAUUUUCAUGUUAAAAUCAUACUGUUAACAUGAAACAGGCUUAAGUGUAUUUUACCUGCUUGUGCUUGUAUGUGCUUAUGGGAUAUUCAGCCUAUUUAAUGUUUUUAAUAUCAGUGUUGCACUGCAUAUUCUUCAGUUAUAUUGUUGAUUUUUUAGGUAGUCACAGUUUAUUCACGGUGUAUUCUGUGGUUUGUUCAGUAAAAGAUGCCAAUCUCUAUGUUUCCAUUAAAAAAGAAACAAAACAAAGGACAUUGAAAGUGAGGAAAUACUAAAAAACUAAUGGAGAUAUUUCCAAAGGAAAUAAUUAGUGAACGCUGUUAUGAGAACACCAAAGCAAAGCGUUGCUCACACUGUGUAUCAGGAUUAACUCAAGUGCAAAGCCCAAAGGGAUAAUCCCUCAGGGUAUCUGUUUCAUCCUAUUUGAGACAAUUAACAAAAUGCUAACUAAUACUUAAAACCGCUUAACCUGUUUGACUACACAGGUUUGGUCCUUGGAAACAAGUCGCUGCAAAGACAGAGUGAUAUACAUGCAUGAUGGCACAAGCAUUAUCGGCCAGUGCAUGUCAGUUUAAAUAAAAUCAUGAAGAUGAACACGACUGUACAAACUGUGCAAACAACUGUGCUCCUGUGGUUGUAGCAUGAAACCCAAACAGUUUUCAUGUAACUUGAAAGUCUAUAAAACACCACAGAAAUUAUUUUAACUUGUGAACUUUACACAUAACUUUACAGCCUGUUAUUGUGUUAAAUUUAUAUACUACUACUACUUCUACCGCUACAGUUAUUAUUAUAAUCAUUAUCAUCAUAAUUACUAUCGUAUGAACAGUAUUUACAAAUAUCCUUAAAUUAAAGAAUUUACUCAAAUAGUACUAUGACAGCACAGCAGUUACAGUGCUGAUAAUGAAAGUGUUUGUCCCCUCCCUGAUGUCUUAGUUUUUUUUAAAUCUAUUUGACACACUUACAAGUUUCAGAUCAUCAAAAUAAAAAAUUACAUUAGUAGUUGCCACUCUCCUUGUUAAAUCAUUAUUUAACUGUGAUUAACUUCCUUUUUAAAAGGCGGCGAGAGUCAUUAUCCACAAAUGAAAAAAAGACAUCAAGAAAACUAACACAAGCGUGAACCUUCCUCGGAGUCAUUUUCCUACCAAAAUAAUUCCAGCAGUGCCUCCGUGACUUAUCCAGGAAGUCAUAAAAGAAUGGCUCAAAAAAACAAAAUUAAAGUUUUGAAGGUACCCAGUCAAAACCCAGACUUAAAUUCAAUUGAAUUACUUUAGCAGCACGGUGGCAUGGUGGUUCGGACUCUCUCACAGCAAGGAAGUCCUGAGUUCAACUCCACCAUCUGGCUGGGCUCUUUCUGUGUGGAGUUUAAAUGUUCACUUGGCUUCCACCCACAGUCCACAGACGCACAGUUAGUGGAGUUAAAGGUGAUUCUAAGUCGCUCGUAGGUGUAAGUGUGAAUGGUUGACAGUCUCUCUAUGUUGGCCCUGCAACAGAUUGGUGACCUCAUGAAUAAGAAGAGGAGAAUGGAUGGAUGGAUACUUUAGCAUGACCUUAAACAGGGUAUUCAUGCUUGAGCUUCCUGCAGUUUAAACCUCCUGCAGUAUGACUGAAAUAAAACAAUUCUGCAGUGAAAAGUGGGCCAAAGCUCCUCCACAGGGAUGUUAUACUGCAGACUCAUUGCUAUAUUUUAUCUUAUUUUAUAUUAUCUCAAGCACUUGUUUGAAGUUCUUGCUGUCAAGGAUGGCACAGCCAUUUAUUAGAUUUAAGGAGUUAUAUUUAGGUUUACUUUUUCACACAGGGCUAGGUAGAUCUGAACAUUUAAAUGAAAUCUUAAUUAAAAAACUGCAUUUUGUUUUCACUCAAAUUAUAUUUUUCUAAUAUUGCAAUUUGUUUGAUGAUCUGAAACAUUCAAGUGUGAGAAAUAUACAAUUUUUUGAUGUUUUUAUUUUGUUUGUUUUUGAUUAGUUACACCUGUAUUACUGCUUAUUAAUACCAAUUUCUAAUCAACCAAUCACAUGGCAGCAACUCAGUGCAUUUAGGUACAUAGACAUGGUCAAGACGACCUCCUGAAGUUCAAACCGAGCAUCAGAAUGGACAAUAAAGGUGAUUUAAGUGACUUUGAACACAGCACAGUUGCUGGUGUAUGAGUAUUUUAAAAACUGAUGAUCUACUGGGAUUUUCCUAAAAGGUCACUUGUACUGUUUAUAGAGAAUGAUCCAAAAAAGAGAAACUAUCCAGUGACCAUCAGUUCUGGGUGAAAAGAAGGAGAAUGGCUGGACUGCUUCAAGCUGAUAGGAAAACUGUAACUCAGAUAACAACCAAGGUAUGCAGAAGAGCAUCUGUCAAAGCGCACCACAUCAAACCUUAAAGCAGAAGAAGACCACAUUGGGUUCCACUCCUGUCAGCUAACAGCAGAAAACUGAGGCUACAAUUCUCACAGGCUCACCAAAAUAACAAAAAUUGGACAACAGAAAAUUGAAAAACAUAGUCGGAUCUGAUCAGUCUAAAUUUCUACUGUGACAUUUGGAUAGUAGGGUCAGAAUUUGAUGUAAACCAGAUGAAAGCAUGGCUUCCUGCCUUGUACCAAUGUUUAAGCUGAUAUAUGUUUUUAAUUAUACAUGUAAAUUGAAAAAUACAAUACACAUGUCUGUAAAUCUGCUGGAUUUGUGCAAGAAUUGAAUCCAACAAAUGUACUAGAGUUUUGUUAUGCAUGUACAAUAUGAUCAAGUGACUUGUUUAUAGUUUAUCUUAAUCUGAAGGCUUUAACUUUGGGAUGCAUGUUAUGUGCUGGCAAAGACACAGGCUUUUCUGUUCAUUUUAAUUUUAUGAAUGGUUCAUCUCAGUUGUUGCUGUGCAUAUUCUUCAAUGAUAGUGUGAUUAUGGGUGACAUAUGCCAAAGUGAGUGUAUACCAUUAUUAGGUUGUGUAGAAAGAAAUACCACCCACUAAUUUCAAUGAAAAAGUAUAUAAGUAAAAGAAACUAAAAAAGUAGUAAAUACUAAAAAAUACUGAAAGCAAUCAAAAAUGGGAAACCGGUAUAGUGAAUCACUAAUGAAUACUGAUUUAAAGAAGCGUGACUCACACUGUGAAUGGAAUCAUCUCAUCUGCAAAUCCUGAUGGAAUAAUCUUUUCGAUAUCAGUUUCAUAUGUUUAAGGUGGUAAUAAUACUAAUACCUCAAAUGUCUUACCACUCAGACCAUAAACUGUUCAUGACUUUGAGUUGGUAGCUGUUGGUUGAGCUGAUUUGUGUACAUGUUCACCAAUAUAAAUGUCAGCAGUUCAUAAUGCUAUAUUAAUAAUCCACUUUUGAUUUUAAAGUCAUUUCCAUGUCACCUAAGUAAAUUCUUAUUGUUAUAAGUAAGCCACUACAGGCGGAAUAAAUAUUCUUCACUGAAUGAUAACUUUGCUUGUGAACCUCAGUGUGUCAAUGGAUCUCCACCACUCAUUCAUUCAUUCAUUCAUUUAUGGGAACACCACAAUAUUACACAUGGAAUUCUGUUAUCAUGGCUGGUGCUCAACAGUUGCCUGUUUUUGAACGUGUUUCAUGUUGUUUGACAAGUUGUUCUUGCUUUAGCCCAUAAAAAGGCAUAUGCAUAAGUAGUUUGAUGUGGUAUCUGAGCAGCAAAUAAUAUGACAACACUGCUUGUGCUCAUCUGAGCAUUGAGGCUGCAUGCUCAUUGAGGCAAAUGCUUCAAAAUCUGUUUGAUUGAUUUAACUUGUGUCUGUAGAAAAAUAAAAUGAGACUGAAAUGCCUAAUAUUUAGGCUGUUUCAACACACACCAGGGUGAUAUGUCAUCAAAACUAAUCAGUUUUAAGAAAUCUUUCAGUUUUUUUCACACACAAACAUUAAACUGCCCCCCCCCAAAAAAAUGAAAAAUGUGAGCAAAUUUUCCAGUGCAUAAAUUUGCAGAAAAAUGGCAAAGCAGAAAAAACUCAGAAAAAAACAAUUAACUUAUACUUGUCAGAGACAAAAUAAUGUAGAUUUCAUACGUUUAAAAACAAAUUGUGGUAAACUUACACUUGCUGACUGGAAAUCCUGCUUAAAAUUAGGCUGGUUGUUAACAGACUGUUGCUAACAGAACUAUUAUGUAGCUCCAGCCGUCCUCAAAGUGAACAUUAGCUUUGAGUUACAGUCAGCGCAUCCCCAAGUUUGUUAUUAAGGCCUCUGUAUGCAGUCCGCUAUCUGAUUAAAGCAAUUAGAACAAAGAGGGGUGAUGCUCGCCUCUGCCGGCCCCCUGACAAAGAGACUGAGCACAUGCAGGUGUCCAGAGGAGGCUCUUUGAAGAAAAUUGCAGUGAAUGUACCCACAGCAUGCCAAUUAGGGUCAGGUCAUCAGCAGGAAAUAAAAGGCUACAUCAUGAGAUAGAUGGCCCAUCUUGUAUGGAGGAAAGGCUACAUUUAAAUGUAAUUAAUCCCCUGCGUAAGAUGUCAUACUGGCAUGUAGCACUUAAUGUUGGUUAUGUCUGUUUUCCCUGGUGUACAUGAACCAGCUGUGACUUUUAUUUCCAAAUGAAGCACAAUGAGGAAGAUGUUGGACACAGUGGUGAUACAGAGACAUAAGAUAUUUUUCACUUUUUGUAAACACCUGCAGGGGGCAUUAUCCACCUGUUUUAUCAUCUGAAGGCUUUCCACGAGAGGGUCCUACUAUGUUUAUUAAAAAAAAUAAUAUCUACUCUUUUCUUUUUUUUAUCAUUCCACUUGAGCAACAAUUUUGUGUUACCUUUCUGAUUGUCACGGCUUUGCUUUUCAUUUUGUAUCUUUUUUUCAGUCUCAGAAAAUGUGGCAUGUAUUACAGCAGACACUAAGGUUGUAUGUUAGGAGUUAGGCCUCAAGGGGGUGGUGUAACAUCACACCAAAUAUACUUUGUUUUUUCUACUGAUGCAUUCCCAUAAAUAGGAUUAAUAAUGUACUCUUCUUCUCCGUGCAAAUUGCAGGAAAAUAAUUCAUUUCUUCACUUGUUCUCCAAAAAGAAACAAACCACAAAGGGUGUUUUUUUGUUCUUGUUGUUCUUGUCAAAUGUUUUAUUAUACAUAUUUCUCAAAAGUGUCUACGCUCAUUUAUCACCACAUUGUAGAAAAAAGCUAAUUAUUUGUAAAAACAUGUUUGGGUGAUUUCUCAAAUGUCAGCUUCACAUCUGGGU